AAGAGGGAAGAGAAGCGGGACACGGUUCACAGUGCGUCGUAAUAAGUAGAAGUAAUUGGGGGAAAAUGACUUGUAUUUCGUCGCUUGGGGCGCAUGUUUUCAUGACAGCAUAUCUACUCUUCCUGAUGGGAUGCGUUGCACAGAAAGAAAGCCCAUCAGUUAUAGCCUGGCAAGCCAGCUUUACUUUCACCAUGUGCAAGAUACAAGGCAAGGCAGUCUGCUGUUCUGUGGUUCGGACUUGAUUUCAAAGUCAAUGCUAAAGAUGGCGCGAACAAGCACAGACUGCACCUGAAAGAACCAAUUACGGUGUACUUUGACUGUGGUGCCAAGGUGGAUGUUGUGGAUGCACAAGGGCUGAUACUCUCCCCUGGCUUCCCUUAUAACUACUCUUCUGGGACCCACUGUGUUUGGCAAUUCUUUGUACCUGUUGAUUAUCAGCUGAUUCUUGAGAUAUUUGACUUUGAUGUGUUUGAAAGCCAUGACUCGUCUGCACAGCAGUCAGACAUUUCUAAUUAUGAGGAGGAUGAUGGUGAAGAUGUGGUGACUUAUGCCCCUAGCAUGUUGAAAUUGGAUAAAUCUUCAUCAUUCAAUACUAACCAGAGAGAUUACCCAGGAAACCAGCAUUCAUCUCAAGACAGUGAGGAGGAGCAGGUGGUGUUCCAUGAACCAUCAACAAAAAUUCAGAAAGCAAAAGUCUCAAACUCUGCCAAAAGAUCUACAGAUGGUUCCGCUGGCCUUACUUCACCACCUACCGCUUCUGUUUUCCUUCCUGAAGCCGUGUUAAAUUCAGAUAAGUCAAUCAACACGGCCUCCUCUUCCCAUCUGCAGGUAGACUUCAACCCUAGUUCAAUCCCAAGCAUGACAACGGCGACCACAGUUGCCUUGCUGCAAUCCACUGACACUACUGCUGCGAGCUCUGGAACGCAGCAGUCGGGGCUGGAUGCCUGCCCCCAUGACGUCCUCUAUAUCUCAGAUCUCAUCACCUUUUCCUCAAGGUUUUGUGGGUCAAAUAGACCUCCUAGCAGCCAGUUGGUUUUUGGCUCUAGUCAGGAGAUGGUGGAGGUCAUCAUGGAGCUCAUCACAACCACUCACUGGGGGCGUGGCUUUGCCCUCCUUUUCCACUACAACAAUCUGACCAAGCCAGGAGGAGAACGGAGAAACUUGGUCUCCAUAUCUACCAAGGUUGACUCUCUGCUGGCUGCUGUCAGUGGAGCUGCCUUCUUCACCUUAAUACUUACCAGCGUCCUCUGUGUCAUAUUCAGACCAAAACUGUGUCGAAAAAGAGAAAGCUCCUGUGCAUCGACCAGCACUGAGGUGCCAGAGGCAGUUCUGAACACUAAGGCCGAGGCAAGUGAGCUGCAACUCAUGACUGAGAGUCAGACUAACCAGGAGCCGGUUAGUGAUCAGGAAAACAACAAGUACAGCCCACCCCGCACAGUCAGUGCUACACAGAAUACAGAAAUGGACCUUUCCUCCAGUGGUUUGGCAGAGCUGGAUUUUGGUCCAGAUGAGGUCUUCAUCAUAUCAUCAGCCCCGAGCCCAAAUAGGCCAUCAUUAUCCCAGCACACGCAAAGGGAGAGGUUCCUGAGGCACAGUGACACUGGUCCCAGUCCCGUUGCUGACUGGCCUCCACCUGACUCUGCUCCACCUCAGUCUGAUCCCACAACCGAUGGAAGUGGCGGCUGCUCCAGACCAAGAGCGUGGAGUGUACGCACCUUCCAGGAAUUUCUGCCUCCGCUGCCGCAGCUCCAUAAAAAGUGGUGCAGCUGGAACUCCACAAGUCCCUUCACCAAACUAGUAGACAGCGCACCGGCUAGUUUGCAGUCUGACAACAGGAAGGUCUUCUCAGAUGUUCAACUGGCCGCCAAGCUUGAGACGAGCACCACCUCAGACUCGUCGAUCAGCAAUGCUUCUUAUCCACUCACUCAGCCGGCUCAGAGGCAGCGGCGCCUAAACUCAACCAGCAACCUGAGACGCUUCCGCUUCGCAGGGCCUUGCUUUGGUCUGCUCUCUGGGACGGCAGACCCGACCAAGACCACCGGGCUCAAUCGUGCCCAGAGCUCCCAAGCAGAGCCCAAUUUCAUUUCUUCUUCCCAGUGUGAUUAUGAAAGUAACCAGGUGACAAAGAGGCGGGAUUUCUCAAGUGAUGGUGAUCACAUGAAUGUUCCCGUGUUUGCGAUCUCUGAGGAAGAGGAUCGGCAGCCUCUUGUCUCAGCUGAGCACCUGGGCCAAACCACCGUCACCUCCAUCAAGAAUGACCCCGUUCUGGGAACUUUAGAUAUCAAAAGACCGGCCGCUGUCACGUCCACCCUCAGCCCACAGAAUCACAGGGUCCGACUGGAGUGGAAGUCUCAGGGCAGUCAGGUAUUAGGUGGGGUUUGUCCAUUCCCUUCCAAUACUGCCACCAGUAUGACUGAGUCAAACGCCAUCGAUGACUGCCAGUUGCCUCACAGCCAGCCAACUGUGUUGUGCAGUGUGACCAACCAUGUGUGACCAGGAAGGUUCUAAAAAGAUAGGUGGGCCAGUGAAGCAUUCCUGAACUAUUGGUAGAGCCUUUUCUUUUGUUACAAACUUUGACUGAAGAAAUCAAAUUUUACAAAUUGCUACAUUCUGGAAUAUAUUAUUCUUUCUGGAUGCUGCUUAAUACUGUAUUUGUAUGCUGAGGUCCUAACAGCUGAAGUUUAAAAAAAAAAAAAAAAGCUUGUGACAAAGAACAAAGUGUUUGUAAGUGUACAUGAAAACCAGGAGCACUUUUUAAAACCAGAUUUGUUGACCAUUCUGAAGCCUUUUCAUGGAAUGAUUAUUCAACCAUUGCACUUCAAUAGCUUUCAGUAACUCAUUCUGUGUUCAUUUUGUACUAUGUACCUGUUGUCCCUCAUACAUUUCCUAAUACAUUUAAUGCUUGCGCACAUACAGUGUACUUUUACUGGAUUAUAAAAGGGAACUCAAAUACUGUAAAAUAUAUACAACAGAAAUCUAGUGUGAAGAAAAUAGCAAUGACGGUAUUAUUUAUAAAAUGAGUUGACAUGAUUUUAUGUAAAGUUUUAAUAAAGGCUGUCGUUCUCAUGUGGAGUAAUU